AUGUCUAAGGACGAUUUUAUGGCCGCCAUUGACGCUUUCCGUUUGUUCGGUGUGCUGCUUUACUUAUCAAUUCUGCUUUCCAAGUUUGGUAUGUUGUCCGUGAAAACCGCUACGCUGUGCUCCAUAUUUGUAUCCUACAUUCCCUCAAGUUUCAGCUCCAUUGAGCGACUCGGACCUACUCGGGCCUCGACACUUGCCACUAAUUGA